CACAAGAGCUUUGCGGGGGCAGAAAACACCUAGUUAAAAAAACGGUUCACGUCGCUCUUUCACAUGCAUUUAUGUCACUAAAUAUUUGUUUUUAGAGACCUAAAGUUUGAAGAUGUAAUUUCCUUACAGACUUUAGUAUCUCUGUCUACGUGCUGACAAUAUUCUGACCGCUGGAUAGCCGCACGGUAUAUAAUGAAACAUUAACCUUGGGCCGAAAAGACAUGAAGUUGACAAGCCCAAAUGUUCAACUUUCAGCCGCUCUAAAGAGCGCAUGUUCUACGUCCAGAGCACACUUAUUUCUAAUUGCCUUUAUCGUUGUGGUUACCUGUUGUUUUUACUUCUCGGGAAAUUCUUUACCUUCUCCGACUGGUCUUUUCGUGAAAGAUCGUGGAAGUCAGACUGUCUCUGACUUGCGACAACUUUCAGGACAGAGAGUUGAGAAAAAAGGGAACGUUUUACAGCAGCACUGGAAGCCAGACAAUGCUUUCAACGAUUCCAUUCUACAAGUACUGGAGAAGAGGUAUGCAGAAAGAUUACGUCGAGCCGAGAAGGUAUGCAGUCAGCAAGAACCUGCCUUGAAAAACAGAUUUUGGUCAAUUGCUAGUAAUGAGGUCGAUGGUAAACCUCGAGCAUGUUCAACCCGACAGUGCACUAUCUUACUGGACAAAACCAAUCUUAUUUACUAUUGCUUCGUUCAAAAAGUAGCAUCCACUGCUAUAAAAACGUAUUUUCUCAAAAUCACCAAUAAAACCACUGCGCAUUCUGCCCAUGACAACGUCACUGCCUUUCAUAUAGAAGCGAACGACGCCAUUACGCGCAUAAGCCCGAUGUUUUACUCCCGACAAAAACGACAGCAUUUUUAUAAGAUUAUCUUCGUUCGACAUCCAUUCGCCAGAUUAGUAUCAGCUUAUGAAAAUAAAGUCCUAGGACCACGAGAUAAGCUGUCUUUUUUUUUUAACAAUUACUGGGACAAAGCAAUGAAGAAAUAUAGAGGCGUUGAACAAUUAGACAGUGAUGCUCGUCCAACGUUCGAAGAAUUUGUUCGUUAUUUGUUAGACACUCCCGUCUAUAAAUACGACAGUCACUGGGUUCCAUACACAAAACGAUGCCAACCCUGCCUCGUCCAUUACGAUUUUAUAGGUAAAUUAGAAACAGCUGAGCAAGAUUUUCACUACGUUUUUCAACAUGAGUUAGGCUUAACAGAAACACCAGCGGUUGAAAACAGAGGAGCUACAACGGGAGAUAAGGUGAUGUUUUAUUUCCGUCAAGUACCUAAAAGUGAAAUUCUAAGGCUGUACUAUACAUACAAAAUGGAUUUUGACAUUUUUGGAUACGAAGUUAAUGAUUUUCUAAAAUAA